GGGAGAUUGUCCACGCCAUAGAAAUAAUUCCASGGAGUAAAACCCCAAGGGGAAGGAUCUAUAGGAUGGCUCCGGCCGACUUGGACGAACUCCGAAGACAACUGAAAGAGCUGACAGAAAAGGGUUGGAUACGGCCUAGUACUUCCCCCUUCGGAUCUCCAGUGCUGUUUGUACCGAAGAAGGGGGGAUCGUUAAGGAUGUGCAUUGAUUACAGAGGCCUCAAUGCCAUCACGGUGAAGAACGCAGAGCCUCUGCCUCGCAUAGACGACCUAUUGGAUAGGGUGCAGGGGUGUAAGUACUACAACAAGAUAGACUUAAAGUCCGGCUACCAUCAGAUUGCCAUAAGACCUGAGGAUCAGCACAAAACCGCAUUUCAGACCAGGUACGGUCUGUAUGAAUUUGUGGUGAUGCCCUUUGGCCUUUGCAAUGCGCUGGGUACAUUCCAUCACGCCAUGAAUAGGAUCUUCCAUUACUACUUGGACAAGUUUGUUGUCGUGUACCUCGAUGAUAUUCUUGUCUUCAGUAAGUCUGUCGAGGAGCAUGCACAACAUUUAGGGAUUGUUCUCUCACUCCUGCGGCAGCACAAGUAUAAGGUCAACUUAGAGAAAUGCGAAUUCGGACGCACUAAGAUCUUGUACUUGGGUCAUGAAGUACCCGCCGCAGGGAUUAGGCCGGAAAAUGCGAAAGUGGCUAGCAUAAGGGACUGGCCACGACCUCAGACAGUGACUGAGGUCAGAUCUUUCUUAGGGAUGUGCAGCUACUAUAGGAACUUUGUGAAAAACUAUUCCACGGUCGCCUCUCCUUUCACUGAUAUCACUCGACUUGAUACGCCUUGGGAUUGGAGUGAUGAGUGCGAGGCUGCUUUCAAACAAUUGAAGCAUGCACUCAUGAAUCACGAGGUUCUCAUGGUGCCCGAUCCUCAUAAGCCAUUCAUUGUAACCACUGAUGCAAGCCAAUAUGGCAUUGGCGCAGUGCUGGCAAGGGAACUCUAUGCUCUCUAUAAGGCACUUGUCCAUUGGAGGCACUUUCGGUUGGGGCGGUUUUUCUAUUUGAGAAUUGACCACCAGACCCUAAAAUGGAUCAAUACUCAACCUGCUCUUUCUGAUGCACUCAAGCGAUGGAUUGAAGUCAUAGAUCAAUAUGACUUCAAGCUAGAGUAUCUAAAGGGAGAAUACAACAAGGUUGCAGAUGCGCUGUCACGUAGGGCAGAUUGCCUAGGGGCGCUAGUUUCUGAAUUUGGCGUAUCUGAAGAGUAACUCAAUCGCUGGUGGGAGCCUAUCCGGACGACCUUGUCACGAUGGACAUCAUCCGCAAGCUACAGGCUAAAGACAAGGCCACUAAAGAUGAGUUUGUGAUGGUGGAUGGGUUUCUCUUUCUGAGAAAGGCUGGGAUUGAAAGAUUAGUUGUUCCAUCUAGUGAAAAUUUGCGUAGUUUAUUUCUAGGUGAAUGCAAUGACGCAACUGGACAUUUUGGCUACAAAAAGACCAGUGCCAAUCUAGUACAACGAUUUUGGUGGCCCGGAAUGCUAGAUGAUGCAAAGAAAUAUGUGGAGACCUGUCAGGUCUGUCAGCGGGACAAGCCGAGAACUC